AUGGACAACAACUAUAGAACUAAUGUGGCCAAGUGGCUACCACCAGUUAAUUCUAUGCUUGAAGAGUGGUAUGAGAAUUGUUUAUUAUUACAUAAAUCUAUGCGGAAACUUACAGAAGAAAUUAUUUCGACAACUGGAGAAAUCGAAAGCUCAAAUAAUUGUUAUCACAAGAACUUGGAAGACAUCCUAACAAGUUUAGAAGCAUUAUUGAAAGACUAUGAAUCUAUAAAACAAGUUGCGUAUCAGAAACAUCCUGUUCACAAGUAUAAGGUUGAGCAUUUUAAAACUCUUAUCAAACGGAGACUCAAUGUGGUUGCAAAGAUCACCCGAGACUUAAUUAACGAUAUUCUUGACUGUAAGCAUGAUGUGUUGCUGAAUAGCAUUUUCAGAUUUGUCAAUACAUACAAUAAGAUCCUUGAUCUAGAUCUUGACGUAACAGAUCUGUCUACUAAUAUUUUUCACAAUGACUGCCCUAGCAUGAUAGAACCGUUGAAGAAAAUAUCUAUAACGCGAUUAUUGCAGAUUUUAGCGAAAAAUAGAGCAGAAGAUUACUGUCAUGAACUUAUAGAGUGUUUACUGGCGAAUUAUCAUCCUGAGGAUGGAAAGACAGAGUUAAAAUCUACUACUUUUGCAGAUGCAGAAAUUUCAGAGAACUCCAGUAUAGAAAUUUACCGUGCUCUUACAAAACAUAUGACUCCACCCAUUGCAAGUGUAACUCUACCUGGCACUGUCAUAUCAAAUAUAGAGAGCAUACAAACAUUGGUCAAUGCUCAAAAUGAGCUCAUUGUCAAUCUAUUAAAUGUAGCUAAAGAGUUGUCCCCCAAGUUGUUUGGUCUCGGAGCCAUAAAAGUGAAUCAAGGCGAAUCCCGACUGCGAAAAGCUGCACUUAGAAAAGCUACGGAUUAUUAUCAAGAAGUAGCUUGGGGUGCUGUAUCUAGCAUUCUGGAUCAUGUCGUUCUUUGGUGGUCUCCAGAGGCACUUGCAUCCCGCCACAGUCAAGGUGCUCUUCACCUUAAAGAUUGGUUGCAUCAGUUUAUCCAAGCAAACGAGGUACCACCCACUGUGUCGCCUGCUCUACAAAACCUUUGCGAUGCCUUGGGGUGCCAUGUGACGACUACAGCAUGGGAUCAGAUAUUCCGAAGCGCAUACACGUCUGCUUUCAAUUGUCAAUCGAAGCCACUAUCGACUGAGGGGACGGAUACAGGUCAAAUGUUUGCCGAAUUGUUUGCCCUGCUUGUAUCGCUCAGUAAUGAGUGUGAAGUUGGUGGGGAGUGGGUAGUUGGUGCACCGUUAAUUGAACUUCCAAUUUCGGAGCAAAUUAUGGUUUUGCAUAGAAUGGAUCAUUCUGUACACAUGAUGCGACUUUGGGCUAUGCAGGAGGCCAGUCGUAUCGCUCAUACUUGGGACUUAAAUGCAUUUUUUCUCUUGGUUCGUGGGGACCUCAAAAAUUGUAUCGAGGAGCUAUCAUAUCUCAAGCUUGCUGACCACACAAAUGCCCUAGCGUCAGAAUCUGUGAAUGUUCAAGUUUAUGUGUGUACAAGAAUGAGAGCUAAAAUAGCUUCUGAAGUCAAUGCUAACAUCCAGUUACUUAAGGAUUCGCCGUUAAAAUGUAUUCAAACUUUAGCAAAGAUAUGUCGAACAGUGAGCUUGGCGAAUUUGCAUAUGUGCUUCCCAAGACCAAUUUACUGGAGGAAUAAUACCGACGCUGCCCCUACAAUGCAGAGUUUCUAUGUUGCUACAUAUCUUGAAAAAGUUUUACUGCCUGUAUUAGAGGUGGUCGAAGACUAUGAAAUAUCAAAUAUGAUUUUAAAAAUUAUGUGCGAGUCUUGGCUUGAUUACAUUUACCUACAUCGAAUUAAAUUCAGUGAGUGGGGAGCGUUACAGUUAUUAACGGAUUUUGCUUUCGUCAAGACUUGGCUGAUGGAGUGCUCAAUUAUAUCGCAAACAGUCAAAGGUCAUCUGCUGAAGAACGAAGUUCUUCGCAGAUGCGAAGGAGUUGGUCGUCUACUUUUAAGACAUCCUGGAGAAGCCAUAACUAUGCGUAAAAAACCAGUUCGAUCUAAUAGUGCCAGUGGAUCUCCAGAGUCACUGGGCCUCGAACGAAUGCCAGCUGAGAUGUAUGUUCCAAAUCAAGAACAGUGGCUUGAGUUACGAGCGUCGAAACGAUGCAGCUUCUUCUGCAUAGAAUAA